AUGGUUCUGACUAUUGAACCUACCGAUACUCAAAUAGCAAACGAAAAUCAUUUAGUCUAUCAUCUACUUACUACUCCUCGAAAUGAUUCCCUGAUUUCUCACGAUUAUGAGCUUUACAAGGAGGCUAAAAAAAGUGACAGCGUUACGGAUGAAAAAAAGCGAAGAAGCACUGUGUGGAGUAAAAAUAGAGAAGAGAAAAAUGAAGGUUUGGAGGAGGAAGAGGUGGUAGGAGUUAAGGAACAUAAAUUGAUUGGGGAGAGUGAACAUAGGGAAGAAAGAGACGAAGAAUUCGAGGAAACGGAUGAGGGGGAAGAUGAGGCCGACGAAGAUGAGGGAGAUGAGGAUGACGAGGAUGACUACGAAAGGGUCAGCGAAUGCUCUGAACCGGAAUUGGAUGAUGAAGAGACUGAGGCUCGCAUGAAAGCUAAAUACUUUCCUGACGCUUUGGAUAACGACUUUAUCUGCGCGGAUGGUGAAGUUUACGCUGAAGGUGAUGCUGGAGAUGAGACAAUUGAUACAGGUUUCGGUACCUUGUCGCUGGCCGCUGAGGGCCCGAAGGCCAAAAUACCUAAUAUCCGAUGUGUCCGGAGUUCCAGGCCCAAGACUGCAGCCACACUAUCAAACCAGCGUCUUCAUCCGACACGAGCCGCAGCUAGUCGGCUCUUGCUUCACCAUCCAGUAUCUUCGGAAAUGUCACUUCUUGCUCCUGAGCCGAGGCUGGAUGCGCUAAUAAUGCGAGGUGAAGCACAAUCUAUCGUCGACUCUAGACAUACGAUGACAACUACCUCAUCUGUACAUUUUGGUGAUGUUUCUGGAGAUUCUAGAGGCGAGAUGAUCGUAGCAAGGCUUCGUCUGGCCUACCAUCGUUGCCAAAUGCUUGACCAUCCAGCCACACAGGAGGCGUUCCUAGAAGCCACCUGGUCUCUUCUUUUUGGUGACAUAAGUCGCCUUCUUGGUGUCGACAGACAGCGACGUAAGCUUCUUACAUCAAUCUUUCAGACUAUUGGAUGA